GUGGGCUCUCUGGAAGGUGGUCCCCUGCCCCCACCUAGAUCCUAGACCACCCCCACCCCUGGCCCCCACAGCCCCUCCCCAUUGCUUUGUCCUGGCUCCCACACGGGUGGGCCUUCCUGCCUCUUAUCGCUCUGCUCAGGAUGCCCCCCUCAAUGACCCGAUACCCUGGUCCCCCCAGCCCCGCCCGCCUCCUGCUGUCUGUCUGGAAGUCCCAGCCUGCUGUCCCUCCCCUGCCACCUGGGCAUAAAACCCCGCCUGCAGCCACGAGAACACAGUCCCCAGGUGGCAGCGGAGGGCACACCCACUGCCACCUGCAGUGGCUCUCCUGGCCUACCGAGGGUCCAGGGUCCCUGCAGCAGGGCUGACGCGGCAGAAGGACAGAGUAGCAGCCACUGUGCCCCUGGAAGCGCCACGGGUGGCCCCACUGGCCCUCCUGGCACUGGCCUGCUUGGCAGCAACACCACAGAGAAGGCACCAAUGUAAGGUCCGUGCCCUCGGAGGACGCUGACUUCCGCCUGCUAGGCUCCCAGACCCCCAACCAGCCUCGACCGACGCACCCAAGUCCAGCAGGACCACCGGGCCGGAGCUGACCUCCCGAUGGCGUCCACAGGCCUGGAGCUCCUGGGCAUGACCCUGGCCGUGCUGGGCUGGCUGGGCACCCUGGUCUCCUGCGCCCUGCCCUUAUGGAAGGUGACCGCUUUCAUCGGCAACAGCAUUGUGGUGGCCCAGGUUGUGUGGGAGGGGCUGUGGAUGUCCUGCGUGGUGCAGAGUACCGGCCAGAUGCAGUGCAAGGUCUACGACUCUCUGCUGGCCCUACCCCAGGACCUGCAGGCCGCCCGUGCCCUCUGUGUGGUCGCCCUCCUGCUGGCCCUACUCGGCCUGCUUGUGGCCAUCACGGGAGCCCAGUGCACCACCUGCGUGGAGGACGAGGGCGCCAAGGCCCGCAUUGUGCUCACGGCCGGUGCCAUGCUGCUCCUGGCCGGCGUGCUGGUGCUCAUCCCUGUGUGCUGGACGGCUCACGCCAUCAUCCAGGACUUCUACAACCCCCUGGUGGCUGAGGCCCUCAAGAGAGAGCUGGGUGCCUCCUUGUACUUGGGCUGGGCGGCUGCUGGCCUGCUCAUGCUGGGAGGGGGCCUGCUCUGCUGCACCUGCCCCCCACCCCAGCUUGACCGCCCACGCGGCCCCAGGCUGGGCUACUCCAUCCCCUCCCGCUCUGGUGCCUCUGGACUGGACAAGAGGGACUAUGUGUGAGGCUGUGGGAAUGAGCCUGGGGGGGUUGGCUCUGUCCUGGGUGACUCCAGAGCCCCCCAUGCUGAAGCUUGACUUGGAAGAACCAGAAGUCAGUCCUCUCCCACCUCCCCCACCCCAGAAGCUGUGCCUCAGCAAGUACUCCUCGCCCUGCCCUCCCACAAACCCUUGGUUGA